CGCUCGGACUGUCCAAGCUGGCGUCUGAGAUAAUCGCGUGAGAUCGCGGACGCAGCCUAGCGAUGAUCAAGGAUAUGAGUAACAUAUUAACCGUCUCUCCUUUCCGGCUCUCCUUUACUACUAACCUUCUCCAACGCUCCACAAACCAUAAUGCUCCCUUCGCUCGAAUUCGAUCUUGAGGCUUACGCUAUCUCUCCUCGUAACGGCUUCUUGCCGGGUAGUCCGCCGCUGCAGCGGUUGACGGACCCAUACUACAAGCCGUGGGAAGCGAUCGUCGGCAAGCUUCCAGAGCUCCUGCGCAGUGGCCAACUGGUCGCGGAGGUGUACAAACUGCCGGUGCUAGAAACGUCGAACCUUAAAGAUGAACGUGAAUGGAGAAGAGCUUAUUCUGUGCUUGGCUUUCUCACGCAUGCGUUUAUAUGGGGAGCUGCAAGUCCAUCAGAGGUCCUUCCUGUCCCUAUCGCUCGCCCGUUUAUCGAUGUGGCAAAUCACCUCGGUCUCCCGCCUACUGCCACAUACGCGGGGCUCAAUCUGUGGAACUGGUCGGCGCAACCCGGCAGUUCCCUCUCCGACCCAGCUACCUUGAGCGUGAUACAAACCCUCACAGGCACCGACGAUGAAUCAUGGUUCUAUCUAAUAUCCGUAUCGAUGGAAGCAGUGGGUGCGCGCACAGUACCCAGCAUGCUGCAAGCGAUCGAGGCGGCGCGGAAAAACGACCACUGGAAAGUCGUGCACGGCCUCAACUCGAUGCGGUUCUGCAUUCAAGAGCUUGGGUUGCUUUUGGAGAGGAUGUACGAACGGUGCGACCCCGCCGUCUUCUACCACCAGAUCCGGCCGCUUCUCGCAGGGAGCAAAGGCAUGGCUGCGGCAGGCCUGCCUCGAGGCGUAUUUUACAGUGAAGGAGACGGCAAGGGCCAGUGGCGCGAGUACAGUGGCGGAAGUAAUGCGCAGAGCUCGCUUAUCCAGUUCUUGGAUGUCGUAUUGGGCGUACAACACUACUCCGCGGGUGGCGUCUCCAAGGAAAGCUACAUACAAGACAUGAGAAACUACAUGCCUGGCCCCCACAGACGCUUCCUCCAAAACCUCACCCGCACAACCAAUAUCCGGGAGUACGCCCUAAACCCAACCACAGACCCAACGGUACUGGCCGCGUACAACGCGACAGUGGAAGCGCUUGCCGCAUUCCGGGACAUCCAUAUCCGGCUCGUGACGAGAUACAUUAUUGCGCCGUCACGGAAGCCGGCGCGGCCACAAGACGCCAAUAUGACGAACUUGGCGACGAUUUCGCAUGUGAAGGAUGAGGAGAAAACGACUGAGCCUCACGUGCUCUAUGGCACGGGUGGCACGGCGCUGAUUCCGUUUCUGAAGCGCACGAGAGAUGAAACUAAGGCUGCGGCGAGUGAGGGUUAAGGCGUUUGGGUGUUUGGGUUGAAGGUUUAUUCCCCUUGAGUCGAUGUUUGGCUCUCUGUACGUCGGAUUAUUUGAACUUUUUGGGAAAGACAUUGUCAUAUACGCAAGUGGCUGAGAUAACAAAAACGAGGAGGUAGC